AUGAGUAAUUUCAGUAUAACAUUCAAUUAUUCCAAUAAUGAAUUACCUGAACUAGUACAAUUAUUACAUCUUGUACGUACAAUAUGUAUGCAAAUCUUAAUUCCAAUGGUUUGUAUUAUUGGUAUAUCAACAAACAUUUUAAAUAUAAUUAUUUUAGCAAGACCAAGAAUGCAUUCUUCAACUAAUAAAUAUUUAUUAGCUGUAGCUGUUUGUGAUUUAUUCUAUGGAAUUAUUUUAAUAUUACUUUCAUUAAGAACAAUUAAUAAAUUUGAAACUGAAGAAUAUUAUAUUAAUACAGGUAGUUGGUUAACAUGUGCAUUCACUGUUGAACGAUAUAUUGCUGUCUCAUCACCAAUCUUAGCACGUAAAAUAUGCACAAAAAAGAAUUGUAAAUGGAUUAUACUUAUUCUUUGUUUAUUUACAUUUUUAGUCACAUUACCAGAUUUUAUAUCAUAUACUAUAAAAUGGAGUGAAGAAGUAAAUUAUGAAAAUAAUAAAAGUAUAAAUGAUGAUUUAAAUAAUCUUAAUGAUUUAACAUUGAAUAAUAAUCAAAGUAAUAAUAAUAAAGGAAUUAUUCAACAAAUAUCUAUACGUGAACCACAUUAUAUUUUAACUGAAACAGAAUUUGGUAAAAUGAUGAAUAGAAAUGGUUGGCCUAUAAUAAUUAUUAUCUUAGUUGUUAUAUUACCAUUAAUAAUACUAUCAGUUUUUAAUGGUCUACUUAUUAAAUCUAUUGUAAAUGCAUCAAAAAUACGUAUGAAAUUAACUAAAAAAUCAAAUAUAUACCUUUUACCACAAAUUCGUUAUAAUAUUACAUGUGUUACUGAUAUUAUUAAUUCAAAUUUAAUUAAAGAUAAUAUAAUACCAAUUCAUAGAAAACAACAUGAUUGUUAUUCACUUGAUACAUCAAUAGAAAAAAAUAAUCAAAAAUAUUUUAUACCUAAAAAUCAUCAAUUAAAUGAAAUACAUAUUGAUAACAAUUCCAAUAUCUAA